CGGCGUCCCGCCCCUCAACUCCGCGCUCCCCGCGGUUCCUUCCCGUUACCGUCCUCUACCGCCAGUCCCCCAAGCCUCUGGGCCAAAGCCCACCUUGUCCACUGAGCAGCGACCCCCUGGUGCAGCAUGCAGAAGUUCCGGGGCCAGGGAUGAAACCGCACCUCAGCAGUGACCAUGCCAAAUCCUUAACUGCUAGGCCACCAGGGAAGUCCUGAAAUCUUUAAUAGGGUUUUGAACAAAGAGAUCCACAUUUUUAUUUUACAGUGGGUUCUGCAAAUUAUGCAGCAGCUCCUGGGCCACAAGCAUUUCUACACAUAGACUCCAGGUGUUCCCUUCAACAUUUGGGCCUUCCUGAGCCCAGGGACAUCCCUUCCUCUCCAGGCAAAGCACUGGGAGCAGUGGAGCCCCCAAGCCCGGCCAGACCAUGGGCGAGCCUGGAGAACAACUGCCUGAGGAGGUGCUAGUGCUCAUCUUCCGCCAUCUGCCCCUGCGAGACAGAGCAGCGGCUGCCAGGGUCUGUAGAGCCUGGGCUGCUGCUGCCACGUGCAGCGCUGUGUGGCACAACACGAACAUCAGUUGCGACUGUGAACUAAAAAGCAUGCUGCCACCAUAUCUGUACGCCUGCCUGGACCACGUUCACAAUCUACGGCUGGAAUUUGAGCCGUCGAGGGAGCCAAGCCGUCGGGUGGCUACGGAGUUGCUGACCGCACUGGCGGGCCAUACGCCCGGGCUGCGAGGCCUUUGUCUGGAGUGCCGCGGAGAAAAGCCGCUCUUUGACUCGGGCCGCGACGUCCUGGACGCCGUGCACGCCCUCUGUGGGGCAGCCCGCGCGCUGCGCCACCUCGACCUGCGGCGAUUGCCCUUCACACUUAGCGACACGCUGGUACUGCAGGUGGCACACGGCUGCCGCGAGCUCCGCAGCCUCUUUCUCGAUAAUGGUACGCUAGUGGGCAGCGUGAGGCCCAGCUCCGUGCUCGAGCUGGUAGCCUGCCGGUGCCUGCGCGCCCUCGGCCUGCACUUGGCUAGCCUGUCGAGUACCGCGCUCGAGGCACUAGCGGCACCAGACCGCGCGCCUUUCGAGCUCCUGGCCGUGCGGUGCGCGUGCCCCGAAGACGUACGCGCGCCCCCCCUGCCAAGCGAAGCCUGGGUGGCGCUGCGCCGCCGCCAUCCUUGGUUGGCCGUAGAGCUGGAGCUGGAGCCGGCGCUGCCUGCCGAGAGCGUGACGCGCAUCCUGCAGCCUGCUCUGCCUGUGGCUGCGCUGCGUCUCUGCCUCUCUGGGGACACCGUUGGGCCGCUGCGUUUCGCAGCGCGCCACUACGCCACAACCUUGCGCUUGCUCGAGGUGCGCGCCGCCGCCUCAGCAGAGCUCGACGCCGCGCUGGAGGAGGUGGCGGCGCGCUGCACCGGCCUGCGCGAAGUGCACUGCUUCUGCUUGGUGCGACCUUCUGUACUGCACGCCUUCCGCGCGCACUGCUCGCGCCUGCGCAGCUACACGCUCAAACUUACGCGGGAGCCACAUCCCUGGCGGCCCACGCUUGUGGCGUGAUAGGAUAAAUCCUUUCACCCCGCGCCGACGUGUGGCCUCUGAGACGCUUCGUGGGUUUGCCCCGGGGCACGCCAGCUGCUAUCCCGCUCCCUUAGGACUCUGAGGAUAGGAGCCUUUGGGGUGGCAUCAGUACUAAGCAGGCGCGCCCUGAGUCCACUCAAUUGCUCCCAACAUCUGCAGACACCCAUUGUUUCCGCGGUACCGGGAUCACCCUCUUCAAACCCCAGUCCCCUGCAAAUGUUGCGCUAGCUUGGCGGCCCCGGCAUGGGGGAGGGAGGGCACUGACACAGUGGUGCCUCAGGGAUGAGUGUGAAAUAAACAAAUCAAGCAUUGUCUCCGCGUCCUGUGAAAGGCAGGGUUGGCUCUGAAGUGGGAGGGCAGCGAACCGCCUGAGGCCGGAGGAAAGGGUCCCGCUAGUGCUGGGAGAGUUCCAGACCUCAAAGUCCCUUUCUACUGAUGCUGCUGCCUGGGUCAGGGGCGGGGCACUCGCAGUUUUGGAAAGACCACAGCCCCUGGGUUCGGCGGGAGGUGGGCCAGUUACUCCUUUCGCCCCCUCCCCCCCAACCCGGCUCCUAUCAGCCUCUCGACCCGAGGCUUCACUGUGUCCACGUCAUUGCCUUAUGGGACGGUGCCAGCCCACACCAGGCUGCGCACUGGCGAUUUCUCCCGAAGAACAAAUGAGGAAACAGCAGGCCUGAGAGGAUGGAACUCGAACCCACAUCUUACCCCCAACAUACACUUAACCGAUCCUCCACUGCCCUUUCAGUCGGCUAGUGCUGCGGCCUCGGUCAGAGCCCCGCCCCACGGGUUAGCACGUGGCCCCCACCUGACCCCGCGCCCGGGAGGCGGAGUAGGGCGGGGCGGGCGGCAAACGCAGCACUUUCCGCGGCUUUGACAAGCCUGCGGCGGCCGGCCCGAGCGCUUAACGGGGCCGAGACUGCGCCAUGCAGGAAGCGCCAGCCGCGCUGCCCACGGAGCCGGGCCCCAGCCCCGUGCCUGCCUUCCUCGGCAAGCUAUGGGCGCUGGUGGGCGACCCGGGUACCGACCACCUGAUCCGCUGGAGCCCGAGCGGGACCAGUUUCCUCGUGAGCGACCAGAGCCGCUUCGCCAAGGAAGUGCUACCCCAAUACUUCAAGCACAGCAACAUGGCCAGCUUUGUGCGGCAACUCAAUAUGUACGGUUUUCGGAAGGUGGUGAGCAUCGAGCAGGGCGGCCUGCUCAGGCCAGAACGAGACCACGUCGAGUUCCAGCAUCCGAGCUUCGUACGCGGCCGCGAGCAACUACUGGAACGCGUGCGGCGCAAGGUGCCGGCGCUGCGCAGCGACGACGGCCGCUGGCGCCCUGAGGACCUGGGCCGGCUGCUGGGCGAGGUGCAGGCUUUUCGGGGAGUGCAGGAGAGCACCGAGGCGCGGCUGCGGGAGCUCAGGCAGUGCGGGGGAGGGGGCAGAGGAGAUGGGAGGAUGGGGGAAGGGGAGGAUCUGGGCGAAAGGACACUGGCCUUCAAGAGUUUCUGGGCAGCUCUUUUUUUCUCUCUGGCCUUGGCUCCUCCAUCCAGACCAAUGGGCUGUGGAAGGAAGUCUGUUGUCUAUGGAUGGUUGAUUAUCUGAGUGGGCGGCCGGUUCAGGCCUGCCAUUCUGGGGGCGGGGGCUGGUGGUAACUGGGUGAACUCUCAGAUGCCUCAGCACCCUCCCACGCCUUUCCCCCAGGCAGAACGAGAUCUUAUGGAGGGAGGUGGUGACGCUGCGGCAGAGCCACGGUCAGCAACACCGCGUCAUUGGCAAGCUGAUCCAGUGCCUCUUUGGGCCACUUCAGGCAGGAUCGAGCUGUCCAGGAGCUAAGAGAAAGCUGUCCCUGAUGCUGGAUGAGGGGUGCCCAACACCAGCCAAAUUCAGCGCCUGCCCCCUACCUGGUACCCUCCUGCCGGACCCUUACUUUGUCCAGUCGCCCCUCCCAGAGACCACCUUGGGCCUCAGCAGCCCUCACAAGGCCAGAGGCCCCAUCAUCUCUGACAUUCCAGAAGACACUCCAUCCCCUGAAGGAACCAGGCUUUCUCCCUCCAGUGGUAGCAGGAGCACCCCCACCACUGCCUGUGGCUGUGGUGCAGGCCAUCCUGGAAGAAAAAGGGAGCUUCAGCCCUGAGGGGCCCAGGAAUGCCCAACAGCCUGAGCCAAGAUGCCCCAGGGAGGUUCCUGACAGGGGACCCCUGGACCUGGAGAGGGAAGGCAGGAGCCCAGAGAGUCUGCUGCCUCCAAUGCUGCUUCGGCCCUCCCCUGAAAAUGUGGAGCCUGCGGGGCCGCUGGAUGUGCUGGGUCCCAGCCUCCAAGGGCGAGAAUGGACUCUGAUGGACUUGGACAUGGAGCUGUCCCUGUUGCAGCCUUUGGUUCCAGAGAAGGGUGAAGCUGAGCUGGCGGUCAAGGGGUUAAAUUCUCCAGGCCCAGGGAAGGACUCUGCGCUUGGAGCGCCUCUUCUGCUGGACGUCCAAGCGACGUUGGGAGGCCCAGCCCUCGGCUUGCCUGGAGCUGUAACCAUUUACAGCACCCCCGAGAGCCGGGCCUCCUACCUGGGUCCAGGGGCCAACCCCUCUUCUUGAGACCCCCUCUCUUCUGAAGCCAGCCUGGCUGAAGGGCUGGCCUGCAGCAGCACGCCCUGCUCGGCUUCCUUGCGCCCCCUGGCGGAGGCUGAGUGAAGCCCCUUCUACUUGGCAGCCCCUCUCCAUUACCGAGCCCUGCAUAAAACUGCAUUUUUUUCUGUG